AUGAGUGGUACCAUCUCAAAUCUUUCAGCUGGUCUUAAACUGGUUCUGUUAGCAGACCAGCAGCAAAAUGAAGUAAAUCUUAACCUUUUACAACAACAACUCCAUAGCGAAGCUACCCAACUGUCACAGUCCCGUAUUACACAGUUCUUCCAAAAUCAACCAUCCGAGGGUUACACCCUCUUCCUGCACCGCCUGGCCCCAAAUGGCUUUAAAGUUGCCAUCAUCCUCUCUGAACUUCAACUUCCAUUCAACACAAUUUUCUUGGACUUUAAUAAUGGCGAACAAAGAGCCCCAGAGUUUGUCACCAUCAACCCUAAUGCAAGAGUCCCUGCUCUUAUUGACCAUACCAAUGAGAACACGUCAAUCUGGGAAUCUGGUGCUAUUAUCUUGUACUUAGUAUCCAAAUAUUUGAAAGAAAAUGGUGAGUGCGCUCUUUGGUCAGAUAAUUUAGUUGAACAAUCUCAAAUUUCCUCUUGGUUAUUCUUCCAGACAUCAGGUCAUGCACCAAUGAUUGGCCAGGCCUUACACUUCCGUUACUUCCAUCUGAGUCCCGUUCCAAGUGCUGUUGAAAGGUACACUGACGAAGUUCGCAGAGUCUAUGGUGUCAUUGAAAUGGCCCUUGCAGAACGUCGUGAAGCCCUCAUUAUGGAUUUGGACGUUGAGAAUGCAGCUGCUUACAGUGCGGGAACUACUCCACUCUCACAGCUGCGUUACUUUGAAUAUCCCGUAUGGCUUGUAGGAGACCGUGCAACUGUUGCAGAUCUUUCGUUUGUGCCGUGGAAUAAUGUUGUAGACCGUAUUGGUAUCAACUUGAAAUUGGAGUUCCCUGAAGUAUACAAGUGGACUAAGUACAUGAUGCGUCGUCCAGCGGUAAUACGCGCUUUACGCGGUGAUUAA